UCUAGCAGUACGCAGGUAUCAACAGCACUGCAGCCGCGGCGAGGCAGUCACUUGAGGGGGAAUUGCAGUGCAGCCCCCUUAAGCUGCACACGCGCCGUGCAGCGUAGCUGAUUGAGGACCCCCGGCCGGCUGCAGCACGUGGCGGCGCUCGGAAGAAGCCCCUGCGAAUCUUGUGGUGGAGCCGAGCGGGCAAUGCAGUAAGUGGCGGCUGCAGCGGUGGCGGUGGCUCUGCGAGCUGCGUGAUCCUUCCUGUACAGCUGGACGAAUGUGACGUGGAAAGGUGUAGUUUGGCGUUUAAUCUUCCAUAUGACGGAACGACAGAAUUGCGCUAUGUUGUGAUUUUUCUCUCCCUCGGACUCUGAAAUCUACGAAGUGUGGUGAAAAGAGAACCGAAGUCCAGCUGGAAUGAAGCGGGCGGCUCAUUCGUAUCGUCUCAUGUAGCAGAGCAGGGAUGCCCGCUGGACUGAUUCACAAUUAACACAGCAUAGAUUCAGUCAGGAUGGUAUCAGAGGCAUCCGAUAUCGAUGACAGACCAAAGCGAUGGAAGACUCAACGCCCGAGCCUGCCUAUGUCGACGUGGACAAAGGACUAACUCUAGCAUGCAUUGUCUUCCUCUGCCUCUUCCUGAUUGUUAUGAUAAUCCGCUGUGCCAAAGUCAUUAUGGACCCUUACAGUGCCAUCCCCACCUCGACCUGGGAAGAGCAACAUCUGGAUGACUAAAGACCGGAAAGCAGGAAGGGGGAAUGAGAGGUCCUUUGACUUCUGGUCGCAUCAUCGUGAUGGAGAUCGAGUUCAGUUGGGACUGGGGGAAAGUGGUGAUGUGCAAGAACACAAGGCCAGGGGGAGAAACGAAAUGUCGACAACCUGCGAGGGGGUCACUUUAAUUGUGCUGGGCAAUAAUACAGCUAUUAAUAGUAGUAAUAAUGGUAGUCAGUGGACUGGGUGGGAUGCGUUUUGAAUGAACCGAGUCGCAUACUUUCAGUAGCCAGUGAGUCCUUUCCUUUAUGACGACACUGUCGCCACAGCCUAAUGCCAAAUCACAGCCCAACUCAGAAUUCACAUUGUCAUUGUCACGUCUCAUUACCACUUACAUAAACUGCAUGUGGAGCCUCAUCAGAUAAAUAGAUGGUGUAGUAGGCAAGAU